AUGCGUCUCCUCAUCCUCUUUCUCACGCUGCUUUCGGUUGCAGCUGGCUUCACUUUGCAAAAGACUGAUGGCACCACGAUCGAGCUCAGCGAUGAGCCUAUGGUCAUCGACGGCAGCGAAGUGAUCAUGCCUCAGGAAAUGUUCGCGAGCGCGUCCCGCGUCAAGCUCGACGGUAUCUCGGAGGUUGCCGACGUCAGCACUGCAGACAUUAACCCUUUUCCGGCUGCUGACCUUACAAGCAAGGCAGGCGAGCUAAAGCCUACCUAUGCGCUACAGGAAUGA